AUGGACGCCUACUGCAAGGAGAUACGCAAGCUUGAGGCCCACUUCUAUGGCCUGGAAUUCCACCACGUCCUCUGGGAUUACAAUGUGGCAGCUGACAUUCUCUCCAAGUUGGGAUCCAAGCGGGCACUCAUCUCGGCCAGAGUUUUCGUACAGGCUCUCAGCUCCCCUACUGUCAAGAUCGAAGAGGAACCUCCCACUAAGCCUGACCUAACACCAACCCUAGGCCAGGAAGUGCUGGUCGCCGAUCCAGAUUGGCGAGCCCCAAUACUUGAUUUCAUCAUCAACAACAAGCCCUACCCGAAGGACAAGGAACACGAGCGACUCGCCCAUUGA